AUGGCAGACUCACUACCGUCCAGUAUUGCAACAAAUAUUUUGGAGACGAUAACGAACCUUGAUUCCCCAAAAACAUGGUUUUUGAGGAAUCUUCCAAAAGAAAUAAUGAAGCUCGGAGAAACGGUGUCCAACAUCAAAGACGCACUCUUGGAUGCCGAGACACAGCUAGCACAGAAUAGACUGGCAGACUCUUCAAAGUUGUUGAAUACUGCUGCGGAUAUGUUGCAUAAAUUGGCAAGUGACAGACCCCAGGUAUGCAAAUUCAUUUUGAGCUUCAUAUAUUAUCUUAAGAUCAAGGGGAUUAGAAGACGGUUAGAUGCAAUGGCAGCUACUAUUAUGCGUGACGGUGAUCAGGAUGCACCUGACAUUAGGUGGGUUUAUCCGAUGGACUGGGUAGUAAGCAACAGUGAUACCUUCGUGGAUCCUUCCGAAGUUGUCGGAAGAGACGCUGAUAAGGAAGAGGUUAUAGAGUCUUUGCUGAGACAAGACAGUGACUCAUCUGUGACUGCUAUAGUUGGGAAGGGAGGUAUAGGAAAAACCACCUUAGCCAAACUGGUAUAUAAUGACAAAAGGAUAGAUGAUCACUUUGAUCUCAAAAUGUGGACAUGUGGACCUGCGACCUUUGAUAUAAAUAUCUUGAUGCAACGCACUUAUAAUUUUGCAACCAAUCAAAAUCCUGAUAAAUUAACAUCGGGUCACUUGGAAUCCCUCUUGCCAGAAGCAUUGUCUGGGAAGAAAAUUUUGGUUGUUUUGGACAACGUCUCGUAUAUGGAUCAGUAUAAUAUGACGUACUUCAAGAAAGUACUGGAGGAGCAAGCCGAUGAAAGUAAAAUUUUGGUUAUUACCAACCAAAUUGCAAACUAUAUGGGCACCACUGACACUCAUGUUUUAAAACGUCUUUCCGAUAAGGAUAGUAUGUCGUUGUUUUUGAAAUAUGAAUUUGGAGAUCGAGAAAACAAUGAACGUCAAGACCUCAUUAAAAUUGUGAAAAAAUGUGAUGGGAUUCCUUUAGUAGUGAGAAUUUUACGAACCCUAUAUCAAUACACAGAUCCGGGUAAUUGGUUGCUAAUUAAAGAUAAUGACUUCUGGAGGCAAAUCCAAAAGAAUGAAAACAUCCUACCCAUGUUGAAAUUAAGCUAUAAGAGUUUGCCAUCUCGUUUGCAAAUAUGCUUGAAGCAUUGUUCCUUAUUUCCAAAGGGUUUUUGUUUUAACAGUCAUUAUCUGAUCCGUCAUUGGAUGGCGCAAGAUUUUCUUCAAUUUGAUGAUAAUAACGAUGAGUUGGAAGAUAUCGGGGAGGGAUAUUUGAAGGAAUUAUUUCUUACGGAUUUCUUUCAAGAUGUGGUAAAUCAUGGUUAUUAUUAUACAUUUAAAAUGCACACAUUUAUGCAUUCUUUUGUGCUAAAUGAGGCAGAAAAUUAUUGCCAAAGGGUGGAUCUCAGAGCUAUGAAUUCUAAAAUAAAGGCUCAAUAUUUGUCAUUUUAUGGAAUUGAAGACGGUGAUAUAGAAUUGUCAAAUAUUUCACCAUCCUUGUUGGCAAUCAUCAUGAAAAGUUCUCCGUUUCAGCCUGUUACUGAAUCCUUCGUUAAUAGCUGGACAUCGAAGUUUAAGCAGAUCCGCCUAUUAUGCUUAAGUGGUUUACAAUUUGAAGUGCUACCGGAUUCUGUCGGGUCAUUGGAACAAUUGAGAUAUCUUGACUUAUCUUGGAAUUUAAUUAUGGUGGAACUCUCGGAGGCAAUUUGUAAACUUAAGAGUUUGCAAACCUUAAUACUUCUUGGUUGCUCAAGUCUUAAGAGGUUUCCUAGAAAUAUGCAACAAAUGAUCAACCUCAGAUAUUUGGAAAUAACCACAAAUGCGAGGAGUCUACUGGGAUAUGAACUUGAAUAUUUGCCCUCUCUCCGAUAUCUGCACUUGUAUGACUGUCACCAUCUUGAAAAUUUGUCAGGAAAGAUGCAAAGUCUUACCAACCUCCGAACAUUGAUUUUGCAAGGUUGUGAUAGCUUAUAUUCGUUGCCAGCUGAUAUAACAUAUCUAGAGAGAUUGGAGAAGCUUGUGAUACACAGUUGUUCAAACCUUAAUCUGAAGAUGGACUUGCAAGAAGAAGACCGCCGCCUGAACCUUAAAGUAGUCAUGAUUUAUGAACUACAAAAAACAGUAGAUUUACCCCAAUUGAUUCUUCAAACGUCUGCCAACACUUUAGAGUACAUGCGGAUUGAUUCAUGUUCCAGUCUCACAACGCUGCCACCAUGGCUUACAAAUCUCACAUCACUUCAAAAACUUGAGAUUGUAAGUUGCUCAGAAUUGUCAUCUCUGCCACACGGGAUGGAGAAACUCACUGCCCUUAAAGAAUUGAAGAUACAAAAAUCUCCUACCCUGAGUGACAGCUGCAGAAGGAAUUGGUCAAACAUUGAUCAUGUCCAGAACAUUCAUCUUGACCCUGAAAUUGCUUCAUCAUCGAGAUCAGUGUCCAAUUCCAUGUGCAUUGUUUCUGCUACCUUUUUAAUUCAAACUGUGUAA